AAGAAAUGGGUGUCGUCGCUUCGCGCCUCUUCGGCAACAAUCGGCACCGGUCGAUAGUGUUCUUUACAAGUUCUUACUUCUUGGUUAUUUUACUCACAGUGAUUUUAGGCUUUUCUUUAUGGAAUUUUCAAACUUUAUUUUAUAAAAAAAAAUCAUGAAAGUGGAAUAGUAAAGAAAAUUUUAUUUAGAUAAUCUUCUAUCAAAAAUGAUAGGGGGUUUAUUUGUCUAUAAUCACAAGGGAGAAGUUCUCAUCUCCCGUGUGUAUCGCGAUGACAUUGGACGUAAUGCCGUUGAUGCUUUUCGUGUAAAUGUCAUUCAUGCACGUCAACAAGUUCGUUCGCCGGUGACAAAUAUUGCUAGAACAUCAUUCUUUCAUAUAAAACGUGCAAAUAUUUGGUUAGCCGCAGUCACAAAGCAAAAUGUUAACGCUGCAAUGGUUUUUGAAUUUUUACUUAAAAUUAUUGAAGUCAUGCAAUCUUAUUUUGGCAAAAUAUCCGAGGAGAAUAUUAAGAAUAAUUUUGUGCUGAUUUAUGAAUUACUCGAUGAAAUCUUGGACUUUGGCUAUCCGCAGAAUUGCGAUACUGGUGUGUUAAAAACAUUUAUAACACAACAGGGAGUAAAGUCAGCGACAAAGGAAGAACAAGCGCAAAUAACGUCGCAAGUCACAGGACAAAUUGGAUGGAGAAGAGAAGGAAUUAAAUAUCGUCGAAACGAACUGUUCUUAGAUGUAUUGGAAUAUGUGAAUCUCUUGAUGAGUCCUCAAGGCCAAGUUUUGAGUGCUCAUGUUGCUGGAAAGGUUGUCAUGAAAUCAUAUCUUUCUGGUAUGCCCGAGUGUAAAUUUGGAAUUAAUGAUAAAAUAGUGAUGGACACUAAGGGAAUGAAGGGAGUGGGUGGAAUUUGCUGUGGUAAUGAAGAAGCAUCUAGUUCUCGCUCUGGUAAACCUGUGGUCGUAAUAGACGAUUGCCAGUUCCAUCAAUGCGUCAAGCUCUCGAAAUUUGAGACCGAACAUUCCAUUAGCUUUAUACCUCCUGAUGGAGAAUUUGAAUUGAUGAGAUAUCGCACAACGAAAGAUAUUUCACUGCCAUUCCGUGUUAUUCCAUUGGUACGUGAGGUGGGACGCACCAAAAUGGAAGUAAAGGCAGUAUUAAAAUCAAAUUUUAAACCCUCAUUAUUAGGACAAAAAAUUGAGGUACGAAUUCCAACGCCAUUAAAUACAGCCGGUGUGCAAUUGAUUUGCAUGAAGGGAAAGGCUAAAUAUAAAGCAUCAGAGAAUGCAAUUGUUUGGAAAAUUAAGAGAAUUGCCGGAAUGAAGGAAACUCAAUUGUCAGCUGAAAUUGAUUUACUUGAGACGGACACAAAACGAAAAUGGACACGUCCGCCUAUUUCAAUGAAUUUCGAGGUACCAUUUGCACCAUCAGGAUUCAAAGUACGAUAUUUAAAAGUAUUUGAAUCGAAACUAAAUUAUUCCGAUCACGAUGUAAUUAAAUGGGUUCGAUAUAUUGGACGAAGUGGUCUUUAUGAAACUCGAUGCUAAUAAUACUCCAGAUUGUUAAUUGAAUAUAUAUAAAAAAAAAUGAAACUACUCUGAAUUGCACAUAUGAUCAUUAAUGGUAUAUACAUAUAUAAUGGGUUCGAGACAAUUUUUUUCUGUCUUAAUCGGUUCAAGACAAGCAUACUUUAAUUAUUAUUAUUAUUAUGAACUUUUACAACCAUUGAUUCCAAAAAAGGAGGAAAAAAAUUAGUGAAUGAAAAUAAGUGUAUAAAUGAAGUUGGUUUUGAACUUGGUGCGUACAUAUAUGUUCCUUGUUCGAAAAACAGAAUAUCAAGUAGACAGAAUUUACAAAUCAUGAUUAUAAUAAAAAAUAUAUAUAUUAUAUAUUAUAUAUUUAGAAGGACCUAUGUAUAUUAAAAUUAUACCUUCAAAAUGAAAUUAAAUAUUUCAAAUCUUUUUUUUUUUUUUAAUAAUUAUUAUUUAUGAUGUUUCAAAGAAAUUAGUGUAUGCUUGACCAUGACAAUAUUUUUAAUUAAGAGUCCAAUAUGCUCCAAUAUUAUUCAUUUUACGAAUUUUGUAUAGCUUCUCAGUGAAAUUAAUUGGAAGAAAAAAUUGUAUUUUAUUUUUUAAAUAGCAAUUUUAUUCUCAUGUAUGAAAAAAAAGAAAAUUGUAAGUAUAAACGAUUUCAUGUGUUCAGUGAAACAAAUAAAAUGGCUGGAGUUGAUCUUAAA